UUUUAAAGGAAGACAUUUUAUCAAGUCUGAGGAAGUCUGGAAAUUAUGGAAGAGGAUUCAAAAGUAAAAAAAGAAAUGUUGAAUGACAACUGUAUACAUGCACCCAGAGAAGAGCUAGGAGUUGAAGGCUCAAUUGAUCAAGAAAGUCAAACCAUCCAUAAAGUUCGGGAGAUAUCAGAUAGAUGUAUUAUUAAAAGCACCAUGAACAAAACUAUAAAGACAAACCACAAAGAAACUCCUUGCACAACAAGAUCAUUCAAGUGUUUUAAAUGUAAAAAAGGCUUUACUUGCAAGUUAAAUCUGGUUAAACAUCAGAUUGCUCAUAAACAAAAGGAUAUUCAAAUUGUUUCUGAUCGGGGGAAUAUUUCAUUUCCUAAAUCCACACUUAUCAAACAUGAACAAAUCUGUGAGUUAAAGAAACCAUUUUCAUGUUCAGAGUGUGAGAAAUGUUAUACUACCUAUCAAAGUCUUGUUAUUCACGAGAGAAUUCACAGAGGAGAAAAAACAUUUACUUGUUCUCAUUGUGGUAAAUGUUUUAGUACAAAAGCUAAACGUAACAAACAUGAAAGAAUACACACAGGAGAAAAGCCUUAUUCAUGUUCCGUAUGUGGAAAAUGCUUUACUUCAAAAUCACAUCUUAAUCAACAUAGGAGAACUCACACAGGAGAAAAACCACAUGCAUGUCUAACUUGUGGGAAAUGUUUUAGUACAAAGGCAGAACUCCGUCAACAUGAGAGAACACACACAGGAGAAAAACCUUUUGCAUGUUCGGCAUGUGGGAAAUGUUUUACCACCAAAGCCCAAGUUAGUGAACAUAAGAGAAUUCACACAGGGGAGAAGCCAUUUGCUUGUUCCAAAUGUAGUAAAUGCUUUGUCACAAAAUCACAGCUUAGCCAACAUGAAAGAACUCACACAGGAGAGAAACCAUUUGCAUGUUCAGAAUGUGGGAAAUGUUUUACCAGAAAAGCAAAUCUCAGUGGACAUGAAAGGGUACACAAAGGAGAAAAACCAUUUGCUUGUUCUGAAUGUGGUAAAUGUUUUACCAGAAAAGCAAAUCUCAGUGAGCAUAAGAGAAUUCACAAAGGAGAAAAACCGUUUGCUUGUUAUGAAUGUGGGAAAUGUUUUAUCACUAAGUCAGAUCUAACUAGGCAUGAGAGAAUUCAUACAGGAGAUAAGCCAUAUGCAUGUUCUGACUGUGGGAAAUGUUUUACCACAAAAUCAGAACAAACCAGACAUGAGCGAAUUCACACUGGAGAAAAGCCAUUUUCAUGUGCUGUAUGUGGAAAGUGUUUCAAAACAAAGUCAGAUCUGAAACGACAUAAAGGAAUCCACACUGGAGAGAAACCAUUCUCAUGUUCUGAGUGUGGGAAAUGUUUUACAGCAAAAUCAAAUCUUCUUACUCAUGAGAAAAUUCACACAAGCUUAAAAUGGGUUUCAAGGUUGAACCUGAUGGGCUUUCAAACUAGAAUACUCUGUAACUAUGAAUAUAGGCAAACCGAAGACGGAAACAGUGCAAUUAUCAGCAGAAUAAGCUCUGAUCCUACUUCAAUUCCACAUGAUGAGCAGCCUGAGAACCUUCUACACUGUACCCUGUGGUUCAAAGACACUCCAGGCCCUGACUCAUAUUACGAAGAAGAGCUGUUCCGUCUAGUGGAAAUAUGCAUCACCUUGACAGAUUUAUUCUGUGAUUCCAAAGGCAACAUGGUUCUAUUAGUUUAUCUACCAAUGGAAGUAUCACAUCUCUAUCAUCAGUGGGAAGUGGCUGUUCCCCAUGUUUCAUUCACUAAGUCUCCUGAUCUCUCAUGGAAGGAUCUAGGCCCAAUGGGCGAGUCAUGGAGUACUGCAUCCCAAGAACAACUUGCAUUGGCGGGAAUCAUUAAGAAGGUCAUAAACUGCAAUACGGUCAGUUACCCCAAGUUGAACUCAGAAGAAGCCAAGGGCAACCACCUAGCUGACCAGGCUGCUAAGGAUGCGUCACGCCAAGGCUGGGAAGUGGACAGAAGUGUGGCCAUCGAAGAGACCCCUAUUUACACCAUGCAAACCUUACCUACGGAUCUCAAACUUCUGAGAGAACACCAAGCGGCAGCAACCCCUCAAGAGAAACAGAGCUGGAAGGACAAAGGGGCAAUCCUUCAAAACGAUGUAUACUCUAUCAACCUCAAGUUCUGUUUAUCCAGAAACAUGUACCCAGCUGUUGUUCAGUGGGCCCACGGACCAGCCCAUUUGUCCAAGCAUUUGAUGAACUCCUUGAUUGACAAAUACUUUGAAGCACCCGGUAUUACCACUCUGACACAGAACUAUUGCAGAUCUUGUACUAUCUGUGCCAAAUGCAACCCCAGGAAGGUUAUUAAAGCUGCUCCUAACCACCUGGCCAAACCGCAUUAUCCCUUCCAGAGGAUCCAGAUUGAUAAUAUCCAAAUGCCAAAGAGUGGACGGUAUGAGUACGCACUAGUCAUAGUGGAUAUGUUUUCAGGAUGGCCAGAAGCCUUUCCAGUUGCUAACCUCACAGCCAAAACCACAGCAAAGCAUCUCCUCACAGAAAUUGUCUGCCGAUAUGGAGUCCCGGAAGUGAUUGAAAGGAUAAUGUUCAAGGACAGGGAUCAGAUGAUUGAGGAGAUCUUGGACCUAACCAUGGAGAUUAUCUGCCUCCUGACUGGAGAGGACCAUAUGGUCAUAAAGAAGCCCUGCACAGAUAUUCCUAGAGGCAGAAGCCCACUUCUGUCAAAAAGCACCAGCAGAAUCCAGAGUCCCAUUACAGUGUCUCCAUCUCAAACACUGAUCUAUGAGAGAAAGAAGAAGAUCCUGGAACUGACCAAUCAGAUCAUCCAGCUGCUGACUGGAGAGGUUCCUAUAAGGUGUGAGGAUGUCACUGUCUAUUUCUCCAUGGAGGAGUGGGAGUAUCUAGAAGGACACAAGGAUCUCUACAAGGACCUGAUAAAGGAGAAUCACCAGACCCUCAGCUCACUGGCUAAAUAUUUAUCUAGUGGAUUUACCAACCCUGAGUCCUGGAGCAAUGAUGAAACUGUAAAUAACAGUAAUGGAGAAACAUUUCCGAAAAUCAAAGACUCAUGGACAAAGCAUUUUAAAGCUGCAACAUCAAUAUCACAAGAACCUCUUCCUUGUGAAGACAGAAAUAUCCCAUACAUGGACAUGAAUAUAUCUAUGGAACAUAUGCAAAUGGAAAAUUCUCUCACUCUUAUUAAGGAGGAAUUUGCUUUUUGUGAAAAUGGAAAUCCCACGAAUAAUGAAAUGUAUACACCCACAGAACAUAAAGAAACCAAGAAUACAUUGACUUAUAUUGAAAGUUCACGAAAAAGGAAGAAAAAUAUACCAUCUAUGCUGUCCUUCGUUGAAUCUAGAAAACAUGAUAAUAUCAUUAGUCAUGAAUCUGGUGUAUCUCCCCAGUGUAUUCAGAAUUCAGAGACAAUAAUUCAUUGUCCAAAAACAGAGAAAGCCAUCUCCAACUCUAAUGUUAUACGUAAGAGGAAUCGUGGUGGAGAGAGACGAUAUUCAUGCUCUGAAUGUGGGAAGAAUUUUACUCAUGCGUCCUAUGUUGUUGUACAUCAGAGGAUUCACACCGGAGAGAGGCCAUUUGUGUGCUCUGUCUGUGGAAAAUGCUUUAACCAGAAGCCCAGUCUAACUAGGCACCAGAAGAUUCACACACGCCAGAAUCUAUAUAAAUGCACGGAGUGUGAGGAAUGCUUUCCUCGAGCCACACAGCUUGCUUCACAUAAAUGGACACACACAGAUGAAAAACCGUUUAAAUGUCCUGACUGUGGGAAAUUAUUUUGCCAAAAGCACAAACUUAUUAGGCAUCAGAAGCUCCAUGCAGCAGGGAAACUGUAUUCAUGCAAUGAAUGUGGGAAAUGUUUCACCUGGGAAAAACGGCUUGCCUUACAUAAAAGGAUUCACACAGGAGAAAAACCAUUUAAUUGCACGGAUUGUGGAAAAUGUUUUACCCAAAAGCACCAUCUCGUUCUACAUAAGAGGAUUCACACAGGAGAAAAACCAUAUAAAUGCAACGAAUGCGGGAAAUGUUUUACUCGAGCCGCACACCUUUUGCCACAUAAAAUGAUUCACACAGGAGAAAAGCCAUUUAAAUGCAACGAGUGUGGGAAAUGUUUUAUCCGAGCCGCACAGCUUGUGCCACAUAAAAGGAUACAUACAGGAGAGUACCCGUUCAAAUGCAAUGAAUGUGGGAAACUUUUUAACCUAAAGCAUCAUCUUACUACGCAUAGAAUGAUUCACACAGGAGAGAAACCUUUUAAAUGCAGUGAGUGUGGGAAAUGUUUCCAUGUAAAGCAUCACCUUACUAAACACAGAAGGGUUCAUUUAAGUGAAAAAAAUAUUCCAUUAAAGUCAAUUUCUUCCACCAGGAACAAGAACCCUUUGUCAGAACAUUGGAGUUACCCUGUGCUGAUGAACAUGGACUGGAAUGAGAUUGCUGAGAAGAUCUUAGAUCUCACCCUGGGAAUCAUCUGUUUACUUACUGGAGAGGAUCAGAUGGUUGUAAAUAAGCUCUGUGAGUGUGUUAAUCACAAGAGCAGUCACCACUUGACAGAAGGAUCUUGUAGAACCCAGAGCCCCAGCAAUGUGACUCCACUUUCCUCACUCAUACAAGAGAGAAAUGAUAGCAAGAAGAUCCUGGAACUAACUAAUAAGAUCAUCCAGCUGCUGACUGGAGAGGUUCCUAUAAGAUGUGAGGAUGUCACUGUCUAUUUCUCCAUGGAGGAGUGGGAGUAUCUAGAAGGACACAAGGAUUUCUACAAGGACAUGAUAAAGGAGAAUCACCAGACCCUCAGCUCACCGGGUGUAUAUCAUACUCCCGAUUUUGGAAACAAUGAGGAAAGCGUAAAUAAACCCAGUAAUGGAGCAAACUAUCUGCAAACUAGCAAAGUGAAGAAAAGACGGAUGAAAAAUGUGCCGUACAUAUCAGAAGAGUCUCCACCGCGUAUAGAAGAAAAUCACAAACACAUGGACAUUUACAAACAGACAGAAUAUCCAUCUUCUGAUAGUAAGAAGGAAUCGGCAUUACAUGAAGAAGGAAAUCUCACAGAGUCUAACAUUUGUGCAAACACAGAUAAUAGACAGACAUCUACUCUUUUUAGGAACAAAUUAACCAAGUAUGAAGAAGUCAAUCUCAGAGUUGUCGACACUUAUAAACUCAGUCAUAACCAUACUCUAGCAGAACAUACAAAUAUAGAAGAUACAUGUGUAGAUCCUCCAAAUUUGAAUUUUAAUAAGCCGUUAACUGAGUUAAAUAAACUUAAUAAAAAUGUUAUCCAUAAAUCUGAUAAAUCUUCCCAAAGCAAUGACCGCAAAGAGACAAUAUUCCUUUUUUCUGGCUGUCCGGAACAUGUCAGUAGUGACGACCAGCAUGUCAAACAGCAACCAACUCAUACAGGAAAGCGUGUGACAUCUUCUAUAACUAGGAAAGACGUAUUAUCCAUGCAAGAUCUACACGAGCUGGAUCACAAAGGAGUACAUCAGAUUAUAUCUGGGUCUGAUUUUAUUCAGGUGUCAAAUCUUGUCAGGCAGGAAAGAGAUCGGACUUUACAGAAACCAUUUAAAUGCUCUGAGUGUGGGAAAUAUUUUACCCAGGCUGCACAGUUUGCGUCACAUAAAAAGUUUCACAAUAAGGAAAGACCAUACAAAUGUACUGAAUGUUCGAAGAGUUUUAAAAAAAAGCAUCAUCUUGUUGGUCAUCAGAAAAUUCACACAGGAGUAAAACCAUUUAAAUGCACUGAAUGUGGGAAAUGUUUUAUCGACUCUUUGCACCUUGCUUCACAUAAAAUGAUUCACAGUGGAGAAAAGCCAUUUAAUUGUCCAAACUGUGACAAAUGCUUUCACCUAAAGCAGAGUCUUAUUAGACAUCAGAUGAUACACACAGACGAAAGGCCAUUUUCAUGCUUAGAAUGUGGGAAACGGUUUAACUUCAAACAUGUUCUUGAUUUGCAUCACAGGGUACACACAAGUGAGAAACCACACACGUGUCCUGAAUGCGGGAAGAGUUUUAACCGGUUAACAAGUCUUGUUUCACAUAAAAGGACACAUAAAGAUGAAAGGCCAUUUUCAUGCUCAGAAUGUGGGAAACAAUUUAAAUUAAAGCAUGCUCUUAAUAGACAUCACAGAGUUCACACAGGAGAGAAACCAUAUAGAUGCCCUGAAUGUGGGAAGAGUUUUACACGAUUAACAAGUCUUGCUUCACAUAAAUUGAUUCACACAGGAGAAAAGCCAUUUAAAUGCUCUGAAUGUGGGAAAGAUUUUAACUGUGCGACAAAUGCUAUUAGACAUAAAAGAAUUCAUAAGUGAUUGAAGCAAUUUUUCUGUUCUCAAUGUGGAGAAUGCUUUGAAGGUCACUUUUCUAGUCAAAUAGUUGACUUUAUUGAACUUGAAUAAAACAUCUAAGGGAAAGGGUACAUAAGAGAAAAUGGGGGGAAAUCCUCCUUACACAACCAUAUACAUACGUAAGGAAACAUGAAAUAUGAUGGAGAAUAUGUUUAUAUUAGCAUUCUAUGCAUUGCUAAA